AUGGUGGCCUUUUGGCCCUGGGGGGGCGAAUCCUCCUCGACUGCCUCCUUCGAGAAGACCCUCUCUACCCUGUCGACUAAAAUCACUGACACUCAAGCGUCCCUCGACAAGGUCCGCGCAAGCUCUCGCCGCGCUCGUGUCAUCUGGACACUCUACCUCAGUUUCGCCUAUCUCGUCUAUGCGAUCGUUCUCUUACUUGUCGUCGGAUAUAACAAUCUCGGCGCUUUCGAAUGGGGCGGUCUUACCGGUGGCCCAGUGCUCAUCUACGUUACACGCACGACCCUGGCCGCAUAUUACAACUUUCGCAUCGAGAGCCUGAGCGCUCGUCUCAAGGACCAUCAGUCAGAGCGCGCGAAGACGAUCCAGAAACUCAAGGAUGCCACUAAAUAUGACUCUACCAUGGAAUUGAUCGAGAAGUACGGCGGGGCUGAUGGAAAGAGCAAGGGCAAGAAGAAGGAUGGCGAACAGAAUGCCGACGAUACGCCCAACAAGCAGCGACCUAAUGGUCCUCCGCAGGGAGCUCCCGGACGAACGCGCAUGCCCCCUCCUCCGACAGCCAACAUCCAGCGCCCGCAUAGCCCAAUGCCAGCUCCAAACCCCAUGGAACCAAGUGCUGAAUUUGCUCCCAACGCUGAAUUCACUGAACCUCCUCCUCCGCCUCCUAUCGUCCCUGGUACUCCUCAGCCUCCUCCGAUGCCAACCGGAUACGCCUCAUACCAGACCGGACCCCCUGAAUCUCACUGGUACGACCGUAUCUUUGACGUUCUUCUCGGCGAGGAUGAGACUGCGCCCAAGAAUCGAAUUGUUCUCAUCUGCAAAUCAUGCCGACUUGUCAAUGGCCAAGCUCCCCCUGGAACCAAGACGCUUUCCGAGGUCGGGCAAUGGAGGUGCAUGUCCUGCGGUGCUCUCAACGGAGAGAUCGACGAGGGAAAGCGCAUCAUGAACGAGGUUCUCGAUGCCGCCAAAGAUGCUCCCACAGAUGGCGAGAGCGCUCAUGAAGACAUCGCUAGUGACAAGGGUGAGCCUCCCAUGAUCGAGGUGGGCAAGUCAGGGAUCAAGGAGGAAGACGAUGACGGUCCAGCCGCAAGCGUUAAGAAACGCCGAGGCAAGGGCAAGAAAUGA